AUGCCAUCAAAUCUAAAGCAACCUGGAUCACAACCCCCAAAUGCACAUUACAUCUUCCCUUCGAGUCAGGGGCUCGACAGAUGUGCCAUCCUGGUCAGCGGAGACGAAGACAGGUAUACCGGCCGAAACAGGAUCGUCGCCGCCACCCGGUUGACCUUGACUCCCGCAAGCCGCACUAAUGGAAAAGCUUCUUCAGUGCCCUCGGCGGAGUCGGGCAUUCGGACGAGCCAACCUCCUGGUACCACAGACAUCGAACUGAUGGAUGCGCCUCCAUCUUGGCAUCGGAGUGCGUCGAUGCUAGAGUACCAUGUUAAAUACGCACAUGGCUUCUUCCUCGUCUUCAACAUGUCAUCUCUGGGGACACUGGAGCUGGUCAAAGAGAUGUUAGAUGCUAUGAUGCAUGCGGCGGCGGCUCGGGGCCUGGUCGGUGGUGAGAAUGGACCUGUUUCUGUCCCAGUCGUCCUCAUUGGUAACAUAGACGAGAACCUGCGCCGCCCGGAGGACGAUCGGAAGGAGGGGUCUGCCAGUCCGAGAGCUGAGGACCGAAGCACCUCAAUGUCCGUGAGAGCGGAGGCUGAGAUGCUGGCGGACCGCUGGGGGUGCGAGCUCUUGGAGGUAGACACUAGCAGUGGGAAUAUCCUGGGCGACGGUGCCGACCAGGCUUUCUCUGCUCUCCUGCAGAGGAUCGCAGGAGCCAGACGGCCCCGGGGAUCUGGUGUUGCCUACGGUUUCGGUGAAAUGAAACCUCCUCAGCGGCUGCUCGUCCGGAGGACUAUGAGCCGCAUCCUGCCUGAGGCUUUGUUAAGGUUGUUUGCCAAGUAA